AUGGCAAAAGAUCAAUCAAUGAGCGUCUUGAAUGGUUCUGUAGAGCUGAAUAAUGAGGAUUCAGGUUUAUGUUCUAGUUCUUCGGCUAGUAAUGAAGCAAGACUUCCUUCUGAAAAUGCGUAUGCAUCCCAUCAUAUUUCGGAUUUGACACCACUUCGAGGCAACUAUACCGGAAUUUCUCCGUCUAACUCGAGCAGCGCACCCGGAACGUUUGCCUUGCCCUCUUCUCUUACUACCACAAGCAGUAGUCCCAGCAACCAUCCCUCUCCACAAAAUAGGUUUUGUCAAAGUGGUCCCUCUGGCUCUCAUUAUGAAAGUCCUGGCACAUAUCAGCCCCACGAGUUAGUCCAAUCGGUUAAUCCUAAAGAUUCUUCACAAUGGAAGACCAAACGUAAAAGAGGCCGACCACCAAAGGCUAAGGCUGUUGAUAAUAGUAACCAAAUCAGUAGUCGGAAACGCCAAUGGCAUCAGGCUCCAGUGCCGUUGGACAUUAGCCCAGUUCUCUCUCAAUCUUCUACCACCACCUCGUCUCCCUUCACAGGUGGACUAAAAAUUCGUCUUCGUAGGGAUUUGUCAGUGGAAGAACCAGUUUGUGGAAAGAGAGGCAGAGCCAGAAAAUCAAAUAAAAAAUCAGUUUUUCGGAUUGUUGAGUCAUGGUGUGAUGCUGAUGCUCCAGGUGGAUUGGCCGCUAAAACAAUUUCUGCUUCUCCAAUGUCGACUAACCAAAUCCCAGGUGGAUUUCGUAUCGGAGAUGUAGUGUGGGCUAAGAUUGCCGGUUACCCGCAUUGGCCUUCACGAAUCAGUGCACUGUACGCUCGAACACCCCAUCAACUGGCCCAAGUUAAUCCAGAAUGUGCAACGAGUAGUGAUUCACUUGCUGUGACUGCUACACCUUCUGAUCCGUCUCUGGCGGCCGGAUUUACUGCUAAAGUGGAGUGGUUUGCUUGGGAUCAGUGUUCUUAUCUCAGUUGUGCAAAACUCUUUCCCUUUACAGAGUACUUCAGUAAACUCUAUAGCCCACGAACUCGAGUAAAAAAUUAUGCCGAAGCGAUCAAUAUGGCUAAAAAGGUUGUAGAGGCUAGUUUUCCACCUCCACCACCGAUCCCGGAACCACGGAACGAUGCAUCCCUUUCUCUUUCCUUGCCGAGUAGUGCAGAUAUACCAUGUCCCCCUGAUCUCCAAGUCGCUUUCAUUUCACCAACCCAGUCGAAACAAUCUGCCAUCCCUGAGCUUCCUCUUGAUCUGCAUCUUCCAGACCCUACUAUUCCUCCCGUUGGAAAUGAUCCUAUUAAUUUGUCCGAUGGGGGAAAUUUUCCAUUUUUGAACAUAGCAGGAAAUCCGGGAGAGUUUGAUCAAGUUCCAGAACCAUGUUGGGAUCCUUUGCCUCAACUUGAUGUUAGCGGACUAAAUGACUUCAUUUCGGGUGUACCAACUUUUUCAGAUGAUGAGGGGGAAUCCAGUGAAGCAUUGGCUAAUCAACUCAAAACAGAACUAGGCUCUAUUGAACUAUGA